AUGACCUUGCCAAAAUAUCAAGUCCUCGUGACUGCGGGCGAUGAAAGUGAAGAGCAAGCAAGAAAGAGACGAGCGCUCUACAUUCGGCCUUUUGUGCUGUUCUGGGCCAGCUCAAUGUUGGCUGAAAUUCUCUUCCUGGUUGUGGCCAUACUCUUCUUCUCGGGUUGGAGGGACAUUGUGUACAAGAUGAUAUGGACGCUGAUUCUGUGUCCGCUUGGGAUGGGCGGUGCCAUGGCGGGCAUCACCACUUACUUCCUAGUAGACCACUAUUAUGGCCAAAAAGCCGUUUGGUUCACCGCUCUUCUAUCUCUGUUGGUUUUCGGAAGCUGCAACUACCUUUGUUUCGUCCUUGAUCAUUAUUUCGAUUAUUUUGGCGCCUCAUCUCAUCCGCUUUGGUUUCAUUUGAGGUAUCCGGUCAUCUUCAUGUCUGGCUGGUCCUCGGGAAAACUACUCUUCACCGACGAGGGUCAGAAGACAUUGGUAAGCCUUCGGCUCUAG